AUGCAAUCCUCUGCGGCGGACGGAGUCCUGGCCGAGUAUGGCAGUAGCAAACCCAUGGAGGCAUCUUUACAGAAGAAGCGCCAGGCGAUGAUCGAUCGACUCUCAAACCGCCAUCAAUCGCGAACCGCCACCGCCGGCAACAGCACCAGAUCCGCCGACGACGAUAACCUCGACUCCGCCGUCGCCUCCUUCGCCUCCAAAUUCUCAGAAUCCAAGUGCUCUAUCGAUUCCCUCAUCGAUAAAUCGUCCUCCGUCGAUUCAUCCGCUAUCAGAUCUCACCUCGACGGAAUCUCCUCCUCCAUCGCCGCGCUAGAGCAACUCGUCGCCGAGAGCUCCUACUCCCUCCCUUCCUACGAGCUCCGAUCCGCGCUCAAAUCGGUCUCGGAAAUGAAGCAGCGGUUGGAAAAUCAGAGCGCCGAGCUUCUGCCGAAGAAGAAGUUCUCGUUCAGGAACAAAUCCGCCACCGCGGCCGCCAAAUCCUCAGCAGCGGUUCGACCGAAAGAUCCCGAUCCCCCAAAGCAGCAACCGCCGGUCCUCGUGAUUCGAGAGUCGCCGGGAUUCCGAAACGCCGAGGAUGCAACUUUGACGAAGAAUUUCAGAGGCUCGGGAAUCGGUGAGUUCACUGCUUCUGAUUUGGAUUCCUGUGAAGUGAGAUUGAUUGGCUGCAUCAAUGCGUUGUUCAUCAAUAGAUUGAGGAACUGUAGGGUUUACACCGGUCCGGUUAUCGGUUCGGUUCUGAUCGAGCAGGUAGAGAACUGUGUGUUUGUAUUGGCCUCCCAUCAGAUCAGGAUACACAAUGCCAGUGGGUGUGAUUUUUACCUUAGGGUUAGGAGCAGGCCGAUAAUCGAAGAUUGUUUGAGGGUGAGAUUCGCGCCUUACUGUUUGAGGUAUGAAGGGAUGGAGGAGGAGUUGCAGGAAGCAGGGUUGGGAGAUGAGAGUGGCAACUGGGGGAAUGUGGAUGAUUUCAAGUGGCUGAGAGCUGUUCAGUCACCCAAUUGGUCGGUUCUCGAGGAGAGCCAGAGGAUCGAGUGUUUCGAGAUCCAUGAAUCUGGAGAUGGAAAUGAGAAUCCACAAACGGAUUGA